CGUUGCAUUCUUUACCAGGAUAAGGGAUCUGCUAAAAGCUGUCUCGUGCCCUUCUCUUUCCUUUCUAGUGACGGGGAAUUAUAGUAAAUAAAAAGCUCGCUGCUGCCAAGUCUGGAGAUAGGGAAAGAUCUCCCCGAGCUCGAUACCUCUUUGCUCAGUCAUUAGGAACUAGGUAGAUACUACGGUUGGCUUUAGAUAGUCAAUUAAGUAGGUCUUUUAAUCUCGUCGACAUGACUCCUACGUUUCCUUCUAGCUUUCGAACGAGAGGUAGGCCUGUGCUGGCCUUCCUCACGAUCUUCUCGUUUUUCGUCCUCGGAGCUAUCUUCGCUACUAAGAUCGGUGGACCGGUACCGCAACGUGGUUUCGAUCUCUCUCAUCAUGCGGCGCGAGCGAAAAUUACGUCAGAGUCCAAGGCUAGGGCCGAAACGAAGGGCGAUAAAUACCUAAUUGGCGUUGGGAAGGCCGAUAUCACCGGCCCCGUGGUUGAAAUCAACUUUGCAGGAUACGCCGAUCUUUCACAGGUCGGCACCGGUCUUCGACAACGAAUCUUCUCCCGAGCGUUUAUCGUCGGCGAUGUCAACAACCCGGCCGAUCGGUUCGUGUACUUGGUUCUCGAUGCGCAAUCUGGCGAUACGGCUGUGAGCUUCGGUAUCUUCGACGGGCUUGCUGCGCUAGGAAGCGAAUAUUCUGUCUAUAAGAGGGGGAACGUUGCCGUUACUGGAACACACGCUCAUUCUGGACCUGGGGCUUGGUUUAAUUAUCUACUGCCCCAGGUCACCAGUUUGGGGUUUGAUAAGCAAAGCUACCAAGCUAUUGUCGAUGGAGCUGUUCUGUCGAUCAAGAGAGCUCAUGAAUCUCUAACCGAGGGAUAUCUUGACUUUGGGGCGGUGAAUAUCACGGAUGGCAACCUCAGUCGAAGUCUCUAUGCCUACAUGGCUAACCCUGCCGAAGAACGAGCUCGAUAUGCGGACUCUACCGACAAAGAAAUGACCGUCCUCAGGUUCCAGCGCGCAUCGGAUAGCAAGAAUAUGGGUAUCCUAACGUGGUUUCCCGUCCACGGAACAUCGGUUUAUCAAAACAGCACCCACGUAACCGGAGACAACAAGGGCGUCGCGGAGAUUAUGUUUGAGCAGGCUAUGGAGAGCGAUGAUUCCGCCGCUGACGGAUUCGUAGCCGGAUUUUCUCAGGCAAACGUUGGAGAUACCACUCCUAAUACGUUGGGUGCUUGGUGUGACGAUGGAUCCAGCCAGCAAUGCAGCUAUGUUAACAGCACCUGCUCAAAUGGUAAAUCCCAGGCCUGCCACGGCCGCGGUCCUCUUUUCACCGAGCUCGAUCUCGGAAUUAAGAGUUGCUAUGAAAUCGGAAAGCGCCAAUACAGUGGUGCUCGAUCGGUCUAUGAUUCGCUCGAUUCAUCCGGUACUGCAGUAGUUGGUUCAUCAGUGAAGUCUUUCCACUACUAUCACGAUAUGUCCUUCUGGAAAUUUCAGCUCGACAACGGAACCGAAGUACAGACUUGUCCCGCAUCCCUCGGAUACUCCUUCGCAGCCGGAACCACUGAUGGCCCCGGUGCCUUCGACUUCACACAAGGAGACUCCGGGGAGCCGAGCGCAAGUCCCCUAUGGGAACUCGUCAAGGACCUUCUACACGCCCCCACUCCCCAGCAGCAAGCAUGCCAGAACCCGAAGCCCGUUCUCCUAGACGUAGGCGAGAUGACAGCACCAUACGCAUGGAGCCCAAACAUCAUCGACGUACAACUCCUCCGCGUCGGCCAAUUCGUCAUAAUCAUCAGCCCCAGCGAAGCAACCACCAUGUCAGGACGCCGCUGGCGCAGCGCCAUCAAAGCCGUCUCUACACCUGAUAUCACCGGCACCACCGCCGAGCCGCGCGUCGUACUAGGCGGUCCAGCAAACACAUACGCGCACUACCUAGCCACACCGGAAGAAUACGGGAUCCAGCGAUACGAAGGCGCCAGCACGCUCUUCGGACCAUGGCAACUCCCCGCGUACAUAAACCUAACUGUAAGCGCGAUCUCGUACCUCGCGCACGACUCGACGUCCUCGCCAGACCCAGGCCCAACACCCCCCGACAACCGCAACACAAGCCUAAGCUUCAUCACAGGCGUAGUACAAGACAACGCGCCGCCAGGUAAAAAAUUCGGCGACGUAACCGUGCAGCCGAAAGCGUCAUACGCGCGGGGCGCAGUCGUAAACACGACCUUCGUGGCCGCGAACCCGCGGAACAAUCUGCGUCUCGAGGGCACGUACGCGGCGAUCGAGAAGCAGGACUCUGCGAGCGGGAACUGGGUCCAGGUUCGGGACGACCAGGAUUGGAGUCUGGUGUACACGUGGACGCGGACGGAUGUGAUUCUGGGGUACAGCACUGUGACGAUAAGUUGGGAGACGGAGCAGGAUGCGGCUCCGGGGACGUAUCGGACGCGGUAUUUUGGCGAUAGUAAGGCUUUGAUUGGGGGGGCUAUUACGGCUUUUCAGGGGGUUAGUGGGGGGUUUACGCUUUCGUAGGGGGAUGGAAAGGGGAGAGGGGAGGAGAGGGAUGAAUAAUGAUUUAUGUGUGGUGAGGGGGAGGGAGAUUGUUUAUAGCGAGUUACGUGCUGUUAUGUGGGAUGAGGAUAUCGCGGCUAUGUAUAUGCCUACUUCGUAAUAUAAUUACUAUUUGGUUGCCGCUGGAACACAUAUGUUUACGUUCAAGGCUUGUGAUUAUAUGAUUGGAGACAUAUCGUU